GGCAGGUCCGAAUGUUUUGACUGACACAGAGCCGUAGAGAGGAUAAGUGUCUCGUUCUGUCUGCUUGGGAAAUUCAUGGGGCUUUAAAUUUCUCACCGGGACGCAGGUCCACCCAGGGGGUUCAGUGAGGUUUUUGUCUCCAUGAGCUCCAGAUGAGAAGAGGGUGAGCAGAGGGUCUGUGAACUGCACUGAAAUUCAUUUUGCAGGUGCAUGGUUCUCAUUGCUAUUGAAGACAAAUUUUGUCUUAGCCGUGAGCUUGCUCUGCGAUAUAGGAAUAAUGACCGUUGCCAAUGCCAAGUCUGGCACAGCCAUGCAGCAGGUGCUGGAUAACCUCAAGGAGCUGCCACCUUCAACAGGAGCCAAAGACAUCGACCUCAUCUUCCUCCGUGGCAUUAUGGAGAGUCCCAUAGUUCGUUCCCUCGCUAAGGCUCAUGAGCGACUGGAGGACGUUAAGCUGGAGGCGGUGCAAAGUAAUAACGUGGAGCUAGUGAGUGAGAUCCUGUCUGAUAUGAGCAGUCUGAUCACUCGUGAUGAAAGUGCAGCAGAACUCUGUAAGAUCCUGAAGGAACCCAACUUCCAGUCCCUGUUAGAAGCUCACGACAAGGUGGCCUCUAAGUCAUAUGAAGCUCCUCCCACCAGCACCAAUUCCACCAGCAUGACCAGCUCAUCCCUCAUGCCGGCUGACACGGUUCGCAUGAUCAGCAUCCAGAAGAAGGACGGAGAGCCUCUGGGUGUAACAUUCCGGGUGGAGGACGGUGACCUUGUCAUCGCGCGCGUUUUGCAUGGCAGCAUGAUUGACAGACAGGGGAUGCUGCACGCAGGUGAUGUCAUCCGAGAGGUGAACGGCCGAGAGGUGGGCAAAGACCCCAUGGCUUUACAGGACAUGCUAAGGGACUGCAAUGGAAGCAUCACACUCAAAAUCCUGCCCAGCUACAGGGACACGCCUCCACCCGUACAGGUGUAUCUGAAACCACAUUUCCGCUACAAUCCUGACACAGAUAACCUGAUCCCUUGUAAAGAGGCGGGUCUGGCUUUCUCUAAAGGAGACAUUCUGCAUAUAGUGAACAAGGAGGACCCCAACUGGUGGCAAGCAUGUAAUAUAAACGGAGGCCGCACUGGCUUGAUCCCCAGUCAGUUUCUUGAGGAAAAGAGGAAGGCGUUUGUAAGGAGAGACGUGGAUGGAUCAGGAAUCCUCUGCGGGACAUUAACUGGAAAAAAGAAGAAAAAGAAAAUGAUGUACUUAACAGCGAAAAAUGCAGAAUUUGAUCGCCAUGAAUUACAGAUCUAUGAGGAAGUAGCAAAGAUGCCUCCAUUCCAGAGAAAAACUCUCGUGCUGAUUGGUGCACAAGGAGUGGGCCGCCGAAGCCUCAAGAACCGCCUGAUUGUGUUGAACCCACUGCGAUAUGGAACUACUGUACCUUUCACUUCUCGGCAUCCACGUGAUGACGAAAAGGACGGCCAGUCGUACUGCUUUGUGUCCCGGGAGGAGAUGGAGACAGACAUUAAGGCAAGUCGCUACCUUGAGCAUGGAGAAUAUGACGGCAAUCUGUACGGAACCAAAAUCGACUCCAUCCAUGAAAUAGUUCACACGGGACGUACUUGCAUACUGGACGUCAACCCACAGGCACUAAAGGUACUGAAGACAUCAGAGUUCAUGCCUUUCGUGGUUUUCAUCGCUGCCCCAGAGCUCGAGACACUACGGGCCAUGCACAAAGCUGUGGUGGAUGCUGGGAUCACAACCAAGCUACUGACGGAAAUGGACCUAAAGAAAACAGUGGACGAAAGUGCCAGGAUCAAGCGGGCAUACAAUCACUACUUUGAUCUGACUAUAGUUAAUGACAAUCUGGACAAGGCCUUUGAGAAACUGCAGGAAGCUGUGGAGCAGCUGACCACACAACCACAGUGGGUCCCUGUGAACUGGGUUUACUGAGACGUACAGCGGUGCAGACGCCCCAUCAUCAUCAUCAUCAUCAUCAUCAUCGGUGGCACAAUGAUAGGUCAGCGGCACAGAACACAAGUUCACAUUGAACGGACCACCGGUCACUAUGCAAAUGUACACUAGCCAUCUGGUCACGACAGACAUAAGGGAAGUGUACUUAUUUAUUUACUUUUUUUUUUUUUUUUCUACUGACUAAACUUAAAUAGUUCAUGAAAGCCCGUUUCCGCCACUAAAUAAAAAAUAAAACAAUGUAAUUGCAGAUUUUUAUUCUCACAAUUCUGACUUUUUUUUCUCAGAAUCGCGAGAUAUGAACUAAAUUUGUAUCUUUAGAUAUAAAGUCGCAAUUUAGAAUUGUGAGUUUUUUUUCUCGCAAUUGCAUGUUAUAAAGUCAGUAAUGCAAGAUAUGAACUCGCAAUUCUAAGAAAAAGUCUGAAUUGUGAGAUAAAAAGUUGCAAUUACCUUGUUUUAUUUUUUUAUUCAGUGGCGGAAUUGGGCUUCCAUAAUAGUUGGAGGGAAAAAACAAAUAGGAUUUUUUUUUUUUUUUUGAAUGGCUUGUCAUUAAAAAAAUAAUUUUCCAAAUAAGUAUAAGCUGCAUUAUAGUAUUUAAAGCAGGGGACUGUAAUUUUAGUGUUACAAAUGUUGGUUUACAGUGCAGGAUUCAUCUCACAUCUCAUCUUUCUGAAACAUGCGGUCAUACAGAUCAGUCACUACAGUAUUUCAAAUUAUUUAAGCAGCUUUAGUUUAUCCAGCUUCUGACUCAAUAAGAUCUUCGUAAGUGUCAUUCUGUUAUCCUCUUUGAUUUCAUUUUAGUUCAGUUCAAGGAAUGCUAGGAGUAAGCCAAAUUUUACAUUUAUAACUAUCACAGUAGCACUUUAUUUUAUAGUCCUGUUUUGUACGUACUACAGUAACUACGUACUAAUCCUGAACCUAACCUUAAAGCCCAGAGUAUACUUCAGUUUUGAUGCAAAAGCUUAAAGGGGUAGUUCACCAAAAAAUUGUCAUUUACUCACCCUCACGUUGUUCCAACCUGUACGAAUUUCUUUCUUUUGUUAAACAUAAAAAGAUAUUUUGAAGAAUCUGGGUAACCAAACAGUUAUUGGUCCCCAUUGACUUGGAAAAAUGCUAUGAACAUCAGAUGGGACCAGAAACCAUUUGCAAACAAUAGUAUUACGUCCAAAUUUUUUAAUGUUUGCAAAGUAAAUUCCAGUUCAAAUUUCAGACAAUUUCAGACGCACAGAGUUUGUAUGAGGUCUCUGCAGAACAAAAGUGAACAUUUUCAAAUUGGUGGAUGUUUCUAAAUAAUGCAGUGAAAAUGAUGCCCCUUACCUGACCCCACCCCUAAACACCAGAGUUACUGUAAUGUGAGCCAAUCAGGUAACGCGGUUGAAAACACCCCUCGUUUUGGCCUCGCCCACCAAUCUGGUAACCCAUUACUGUUCUGCAGAGACUUAUACUUGGACAGAGUAUGCAUGGUUUGAAAAAUCUGGCUAGCAUAUAGUUCCCACGUACUGUGCUGAUGACGAAAUUUACAUCACACUCACUACGCAUACCCUAGUGAAUGUGUAGAAAUCUAUACUUUAGUUUUGACACGAAUGCUUAGCAGCCUUUAAAAUAUCAUGCAUUUGAAUAGUGUCAGUCACACUAGAAAGUUUCAUUCUUGUCCAGUGUCUGCACCAAUUCUGAUAAAAAUGUCUUUAUUUUCUUUUAAAUUCGUUGCAUCUGUCUCUUAACUGCCUCACACAAGUGGUUAUUGGUAUUGUGGGUGGUGGUUGUUCUCCAGUAAUUUGUUGUUCUAUGUCAUUCAUUUCUUUUUUGACCAUGAAACAAAAUCCCAGGCCAGUUUUGCCACCUUGUGGACAAAGUAAUUUCUGCAAAAAAAAUACAAGGCCCAUGCAGGAACUGUGUAAAGUACUGCAAAUACACUAUACUCAGCAGUAUAAUGAAGUAUGCUUUAGGCUUAAGGGUCGGUUCACACAGAAUAAGUUUUUGUGUUCAACUGCGCUGCUUUUUAAUUGUUUUAUAUUAAUGCAUCUCACUACUUUUCAGUGUCUUGUUUUGGUCAAGUUGAAAAUGCUCAACCAUGGCUGAUUAUUCCAUUCAUCAGCGCUGCACCUCUGCAUUUGGAUGUAUUUGCGCGGCACCUCUAGUUUUUAAAAGCAAAAGCCUGUUCUGUGUGAACAGCCCGUAAACCUAAUCUUAACUCAAGUCCAAGUUACCUUCUAUUACUCAGUACUUUAAGUACACUGUAAGUGCAUGUACUAUAAAAUAAAGUGCAUCUGAUAUCAUUGUUUUAAUUUUAUCAUUGCAGAAUUAUGAGCUUAAGUCAUUGUGUUGCUUGUUAUGUGCUAGUAUACAGAAUCAGAACUGUCUUUAGCUAAAUGCCUUUUACACAGGCACAAAAUCACAUUCACACAUGGAAUAUAGACCAAGUGUCAUGAUCACAAGCUACCUGUCCUCACAGAUUCAUAACCUGUCAUCUAGUUGUAUGUUGUGAUGGACCUCUGUCUCUGGUGACUUGCUCCAGUGUCUUUUUCAAGGCUUUGUAACUCAGAUUUUUAUCCAGCUUGCAUAUUCACUUGAAAAUUCUAUAUUUUGCGAUACAGAGAGUUGUAUUUUCUGAAAUUAAAUGGCUGUCUAAUAAAUUAAUCUUAAUUUUGGAUCAAUUUACUUAA